AUGACCGCGCCCAACGGCCCAUCGCAGCAAGCAUGCAUUGCAGGAUCCAUGCGCGAGGCCGGCAACAAGGCUAGCGACAUCAACCUGGCGGAAUGCCAUGGCACAGGCACGGCUCUUGGUGAUCCUAUCGAGGUUGGGGCUCUGAAGAACGUCAUGCACCCCCGCGAAACGACCCUGGCAUUGACCAGCUCGAAGUCCAACAUUGGGCACCUGGAGGGCAGUGCUGGCAUAGCUGGCUUUAUGAAAUGUGUUCUCAUGCUGAUGGCCGGAACAUGUCCGCCAAAUGCACAUCUUUAUCAGUUGAACCCUCACCUGGACGUUAAAGGCUUCCCGUGUCUCUUUGACACAGAGGCAAUCGACCCCGGACUCAACAGCGCAUUGACAGGCGUUUCCUCCUUCGGCUUCGGUGGAACCAAUGGCCGUUGUGACAUCUGGGGGGCAGCCAGGUUUGGGCCAAACAAGUGCGGCAAGGUCAUGGAAGCGGAAGUAGACCAAAUCUACACCUUGUGUCCGGUCACGUUGGGCAAGAUCGACCACUUGACAGGCGAGCCUUUGUCACGGCGUCUCGCCGCAAUGCGCAGGGGAAAGAGGAGAGCUGACGUUCUGCGAGAUGAGCUCGCAAGAUACGAUGUGUCACGGCUUGCUUACGAUGGCGGGUUCCGUUAUCGACAGAACCCGGUCCCGUCACAUGGCGAAGGCGACCUCUUGCAGGACAGAAACAUCUUCAUCUGUGGGUCCUGGACUGGGUUCAAGAUGGAGGAAAUGGACAAAGAUGGAGACAACCUGUUCACCACAGUCAUCACCCUUAGCGAAGAGAGGUAUGACUUGUUCGAGUUGUAUGUGGAUGAGAAGGAAGAGUUCUGCAUUUUCCCGGCUGUUGAUCGUGCUGGGCAGCACAUUGCGACUGAAGGGCCUGGGGUCAACAAGGACCACAACAAAUGGAUCAUUGACGGCCGUGACACAGAGCUUGCUGCAGGAACGGUAUUGCAGAUAACCUUCAACUUCAAUCCAGACCAGAUGGCCGUGACGUGGAAGGAAGUUGGCGAGAAGCGGCGAGUUCUGGCUGCGCCUCGGAAGAGCAGCUACUUCGUCACCGGAACUUGCACAAAGUGGCGGACGGUGGCACUAAAGUGUGCGGACGAAGCGAAUCUACAGGAGUGGUCUGGAGUGCUAAGGAUCGGACAAAGAGGCCGUGAAGACUUUCAGAUUUGGCGGGAUGGCGACCGACUACAGGCCGUCUACCCGUCAGCACCGCAAGCCACCGGAACUGGUGAAGAGGCAUGCGGGCCUGAUGAGUUUGGAAGUGGUCGUUACUUCCAGGUAAGAGGCCGUCCUGGAGAAGAGGUUGAGCUAGCACUCUAUAUCGAGGACGGCAAGGUGACGGUUCGAACGUUCACCGUCGAAUCCAGACGUUCCAGGCAGUGGGAAUCUGUCCGUGGAUGGGCCCGGCAUUCCUACAGCAUUCUGCAGCCAGGAGGAGGACCGGGCAUGCCAAUGACGAUGGAUCCACAGCAGCCUGGUGUCUUCACAUCGUUAGCGGUUGUUGGCCAGGUGUUUGACAAGCAGGCAGGCGCCUUCUGCUUCCAUUUUCAGGUUGCAGUUGAUGGUGACAGUCGCUGGGUCUUUUUUCCAAAAGGUCCUGGAGGGUUGUCCGGCGAGGUCAUCGUUAAUCCGCCACCUUGCCAUGGAAACGGCUCUGACGUUGCAUUCACCAUCUUUAGCCCGGCACCAAACAGGACUUUUGAAAUCAUUCUGGACCUCACAUCCAAGGCACGAUGUUUGGAAUCGGACGGUCAAGCUUGUUGUGCGCUGCAACCUUCGCAAUCGCCAGCGUGUUCUGCCAACGCACAGAGUGUUCGGCUUCUCGAGAAUCAGAAGGUCUUUCUUCUAGAGCUCGGUGCUCCUGCGUGGGACCACCGAGCAUUCAAGAAAAAAGGCGAGGAAGCAUGCGACCGCAUCGACAGAUAUAUAAGCGUUAGCAGCGAAAGCUCUGCAAACAGUUAG